AUGGAGCAGCUUCAGCCGUCGUCGUCGUCAGCUACGAGCCAACGAGACACCUUAUGCCUGAUUCAGUCGUUCAUUCUACAACUUAACCGUUAUGAGGAUACAUCUACGUCGUUAGCUCUUAUGAAGUUGAUUCGAAAGAAGUAUCCGAAGGAGGCCCAACAAGAAGUGAACAAGAUGGAACAUCGGUCGAGUAAGACAUGGACCUUACCGGAACUUCUAGAUGGACUAAACGAAAUCAUUGAGGAAUACGAGAAGUGUGACGCUAUCUUCCAGCCAAAUUCACUUCGAAAUUCAACAUCGCUCCUGUUUCCGCUCCUCGCUCCAGAUCUCCAUUACUGGAGCCACGUUACGAUUCAAGGACGUGUUGUUUCUGUUACUCGCCUAACCAUCGCUCUACUUGCCAUCAUUACAUGCCUAUGGAAAGUCGUCGCGUUAUCGCUAAUGCUUUUCGACUAUGUUGGAAGUGCCUUCGUCACGGACACACCAGCUCCUUCUACGAUCAUCCUAAUUGCCCUUCUUGUAGAAGGAAACAUCACUAUAUGCUUUGUUCGCAUUCAGCCCGACGAAGCUACCGAACACCCUCGCCAGGAAGAAGUCACCAUUCACCGUCCACAUUCUAUCUCGAAAAGUUCGUCACGUAUCUACGGAAGAAGUCCAUCUUAUGACAACAAUGAGAGGGAACGACAUCAGGGUCGAGACACACCGGUUUACGUCGCAGCCAACUUAGACGAAGAAUACGAGGAUCUUAUUCGACAUCUCAAGGAUCCGUCCGACACGCAAGUUUGUACUGCUCUGGACCAUUCCACCUCGUCCAGUAUCAUGACAGUGGAAUCAUUAGCCGUCGACCAUCAGACCAACACUUCAACAUCAAUGUUGGACACAGGUCUCUCACAUCAUCCCUCCUACUACCGUUACAUUCGGCGCAACACGUACCACGAAGGUCGUCAAUUCCUCCAAUUUAACAACAUCCGCUUGGAAUCCCUUACCAUCAGUCGAGCCGUCACACCAGACAUCCUAAUUGGAAUCGACUACUUUUGGGACAUCGUCACAUCGGAUUGUCCUCAGACCCUUUCAACAAGCCUAGUCCUCUGCAAUACACUAUUCGGUCCGACCAUCUCCGGAUCCAAAUUUUUUCGUGGUUGCCUGCAACAAUUUUCCACUAAUCCCAUCUCCCUAUCGUCCGACGAAGCCGAUCCCGUCUCUCGUUUUGACCGUCUAGACGUCAUUGGUACCGCAGAUGAUCCUGAUCUUUCUUCCGACCAAGAAGAAUAUGCCCGUAUCCCACGACAAUUCCAGGAUACAGCGCUAGAGAUCGGUGGACACCUAUAUAUACGAUUCCCAUGGAAAUCCACACCUAUAUAUACAAUUCCUCGACUAGCCGACAACAAGCUCCUCGCACUCAAACGACUCGAAAGCCAGUAUAAAUCCUUCGUCACAAAGCCGGACCUUUGGAGACUCUACGCUUCAACAAUCGACGAUUACUUGGACAAAGGAAUCAUUGAGGGAGUCGACGAACAUCACUUCGACAACCAUAGAGUCUACUACAGCCCCCAUCAAUCAGUGAUCGAGGAAUCCUCUACCACCACCAAGCUGAGAGUUGGCUUCGAUGCCUAA